AUGACAACAUUCCAAAAUUUAUCGAAAUUGCAGAAAGCACGCGUGUCACUGCAUCGUGAUGUGCAGGCAAUUUGUAAAGAAUCUUGCCACUUACUGGGACUGGAAAUUACGAAGCCUGCAAUGGAAAUUAUUGCUGAGUUGCUGUAUAAGAAAAUAUCUAUAUAUGGUCUCGAUUUAGAAGCGUUCGCGAAACAUGCAAAACGAAGUACGAUAAAUGCUGAUGACGUCAAGUUAUUGGUGCGGAGAAAUCCUUCACUUAAAACGCAUUUGAAUACGAUACAAAGUAAUCAACCUUCGACAUCGAAGGACAAGCGAAGAAAAACAAAUGCUACAGCAUUGCCCAUUUUAAAAGAGCUCCCCCCUGUUCAAUCCAAGCCGGAGGUGGAGUCUGUUAAGGAUAUACCGAACAAAGACGAAUCACCAAAGGACUUUGAAAUGGAUGAUAAAUUUGAGAAUAUGUUGGACACAAUCGACUUAACUUUUGACUGA